AUGAAGUUCUCUCUUCUUGCGACCAUUGUCGCUAGCAUCAGCCCGCUCGCACACGCAGCGGAUGCAAACGCUUGGAAGUCGCGAAACAUCUACUUCGCGCUUACUGAUCGUGUUGCGCGCAGUGCUGAUGAUAAUGGCGGCAGUGCGUGCGGAAACCUCGGAAAUUACUGUGGUGGAACUUUUAAGGGUCUGGAGUCGAAGCUUGAUUAUAUCAAGGGCAUGGGAUUUGAUGCUAUUUGGAUUACGCCUGUUGUUGACAAUACUGAUGGCGGAUACCAUGGAUACUGGGCCAAGGAUCUGUAUGCGGUCAACUCCAAGUAUGGUACUGCGGAUGAUCUGAAGAGUCUUGUCAAAUCUGCUCAUGACAAGAACAUGUAUGUCAUGUGCGAUGUUGUUGCAAACCAUAUGGGCAAAGGCAUCUCAGACCACAAACCCUCCCCCCUCAACCAACAAAGCUCAUACCACACUCCCUGCGACAUUGACUACAGCAACCAGAGCAGCAUUGAGCAGUGUGAAAUCGCUGGUCUUCCCGAUCUCAACACCGGCAGCGACACCGUAAAGAAGGUCCUCUACGAUUGGAUCAAGUGGCUCGUUGCUGAGUAUAGCUUCGACGGUAUCCGCAUCGACACCGUCAAGCAUGUAGAAAAGCCAUUCUGGCCUGGUUUCCAGGAUGCCGCUGGUGUUUACGCCAUCGGUGAAGUUUGGGAUGGAGGUCCUGAUUACCUCGCUGGCUAUGCCCAGGUCAUGCCCGGUCUUUUGAACUACGCUAUGUAUUACCCCAUGAACCGCUUCUACCAGCAAAAGGGCGAUCCUUCAGACGUCGUCGCUAUGCACGAUGAGAUCAGCAACAAAUUCCCUGACCCCACUAUCCUCGGCACUUUCAUCGACAACCAUGAUAACCCCCGUUGGCUAAGCCAGAAGAACGACAAGGCUCUCCUCAAGAACGCCCUUGCAUACGUCAUCCUUGCCAGAGGUAUUCCCAUCGUCUACUACGGAACGGAGCAGGGUUAUGCUGGCGGCAAUGAUCCUGCUAACCGCGAGGAUCUCUGGCGAAGCAGCUUCAGCACCAACGCGGAUCUCUACCAACACAUCUCACGUCUCUCCAAGGCCCGCUCAGCGGUUGGUGGCCUUGGUGGAAAUGAUCACAAGCAUCUUUACUCGCAGAACAGCGCCUAUGCUUGGAGUCGUGCUGACGGUGAUCUUAUUGUUCUUACUUUGAACCGCGGUCAGGGAUACUCAGGACAGACCUGCUUCAACACUGGAAAGAACAACAAGACUUGGGACAAGGUCUUUGGAAGUGGCACUGUUACGUCUGAUGGCAAUGGACAGGUUUGCGUUAGCUACACUAACGGCGAGCCAGAGGUCUUGGUCGCGUCUAGCUAA